CAAAGCGACCAUAUGAUUUCCAUUUGCCCUUGUUAUACGGCCUUAACAUCAAAUCUACCUUUCAACACUAGUCAAGCUAAACUCUGGACAAAACAAAUAAUUGAGUUACUCGUUUUGCAAGAUGUCUUCCAUGAUUGCAUGCCCAUCCACAUGGCAAUUGGCAUAUGAGGUUGCAAUUAAUUCAUCAAUCGUGAAGGUGUACAAAUACUUUUGUAUUUUAUUAAAAAUAUCAUAUAGAAUCUUAAAUUUUUAAAACGUUUUAUUAGACACUUUUAUUCUAAAAAACAAAACUUUUAUAUACCCGUUACGCAAUAUUCAAAUUUAACGUGGAAGCUUGAAAUGCAUGCGCUGAUGGCUCUGUCUCACCGGAGCGAGCCACCUUUCUCCGCCUCUUCUGCCCCCGCCACCUCCCUCCAUCCUCCUGCUCCUCCUCUACUUCCACAACAGCAGCUCUGUCCUCUUCAGUGCCUCCUCCCAGUCCCAACCCUUCCACGACUCCUACUCCUUCAUCACUGCCCAAACCCCCGCCCUCGUCCUCUCCAUCGACUACUGCCUCGCCCCAGAGCAUUGCCUUCCCGCCGCCUACAACGCAACCCUACGUGUACUCAAUCUCGAUCUCUCUCUAGUAAAGAUCCAAGGGCUGAUAAUGAAUCAGCCCUUCUUCGGUGGGGUUUUUGCUAGACGAAAUCGGAGAUCAAAUUCAUUGAUAACAAGAUUGUGCCAUUAGCGGCCAACGAUCUCCUAUGGUCACUCGCAUUGCCCAAUGACCAUGAGUACUGCAAUUCGAUGGUUGUAAGCGACGAUGGGAAGAUCAAACGGCUGUCUAGGUGCAUGGUGAGGGCGUUUGGCAGGGACCCACUAGCGGAUUGGCAGAAGAUGUUUAAUAGUUCGUGCUAAACACGCUCAUCCUUCGGCGUCGAGGGCGAGGCGGUGCCAUGUUUUUAUAGCCUUCAGUGUGUCGAGGUCGACGGCGCCUCCUCGCUGCCUCGUCCUCCAGUGUCAAGAGCGAGAAAGAGAAGCAGAGGAACAGCAGGUAGGGCGCGCCAUGUUUUUACAGCCUUCUACCACAUUAAAUUUUUUACUACCUACGAGAGAGAGAGAGAGCCGCCGGGGGGGGGGGGCUUCCUGCCACAGGACACGUUGUGGGCCUUUAUUGGCCCGGUCGCUAAGCACCCCUUACUAAAUGAGCUCACUAGCAUGCUCUUAUACAUUUUGCUCAUUAGGCAAAAGAAAGUGCUUAAUAGUUUUAUUUUUUUAAAAUAAAGAUAUUUAAUAAAUCGUUUUGAAAGUUCGCGGUACCAUACCACGUUUUUGGUAAAAUACAAAGCUAUCUUUUUGCCUUCACUUUCAGGCAUGUGGAUUAGGAUCUGAACGGAUUUGGUUUUAUAUCCAAAUAGAUGGAGUCAAACCAUGGAAGGGACGAUCUCACUUUCAAUAUCCAAUCUCCAUACCAGCUACAAACUUACUUCUGUAGGAUGUUAAGACUUCAUUAUUGUGGAUUCAGACCUAACAUCCAAUGGAAUGAUUAUCCCAAAAAAACCAGUCAAAAUCACAGUUUUUGGUUAUUCUAACAAGUAAAGGUUGGGUUUGUUUGUCAACUAAGCCCGCUACCACAUUUGGUGGCAAAAAGGAGAAAAUUAUGACUGGCGAUGCACAUAUGGGCCAUGGACUAUUAACUGCUGCCACAGAGAGAGAGAGAGAGAGAGAGAGAGACUUUUUUUUUUAUGUGGUCUGCUUAUGAUUUCAAGUAGUAAGUGGGACACAUAUCUCAAUGUCUCGGACGUUUCUUAUUCCCUUCAAGCAGCGCAACAAAUAUCAAGGACCCCUCUCAUGGCCAUCUCUUUGCACCAUAGCUCUUUACCUCUCUUUUCAUUCGACCUUUUGCUGGGUUCUGCAAACAAGUGACUGGAACUCAGUUUUAGGAUUUCUUUCUUUCAACCAUGGGAAUGUUCUGUGAUCUUGAGGUAGAUGUCAAUGGGGAAGAGAUUUUCUUUGUAGACAAGGAAAUUCUUGCAUCUUUCUCGAGAAAAAUAAGAAAUUUGUUUAGAAGAUUCACAGCAACAAAGAUCCCCCUAAAAGUGAUAUUCCAUGACUUUCCAGGAGGAGCCGAGGGCUUUGAGCUCAUCAUGAGGUUCUGCUACAACAAUGGGAAAAUUGAGAUAACCCCCUCCGACAUAUUUUUACUGCAUUGCGCUGCAAGUUUCAUGGAAGUGAAUUUGAUAGAACCAAGCCAUGAACAUUUUGAAGGGAUAUUCCAAUGCUGGGACUGGUCUGAAUCGCUAUCAUGUUUGAAACAGUGCCAACAUUUACUUGCAGCUGUGAAUUCUCCAAUCAUGCUCCAGAAGUUCUUGAACCUGUUUGUAGAAAGGCUUGCUUGGCUUAGCGUUUCAAGCCCCUAUACUUCUCCCUCGAAGAAUUCCAACUCUCAAUCUUCCUCCGAUACAAGCACUGACAGUGUCAAAAGCUACUUGUCUCAACCCACAUGGUGGUUUGAAGAUCUUGCUUUUCUAAACACGAACUUGUUGAGCAAGCUUAUAGAGGCAAUGAUCUUGCAGAAAUUCAACCACGCAACGAUAAGCUCGUUCCUCUUUUACUACCAAAGAUCAAAACUUCUUGGCUCCCCACCGGCUGAGAAGCACAAAAUCAUCGAGGCCGUGACCAAUCUGCUGUUUUUGCUUGAUAGGAGGUCUAUUUCUUCCAGAAGCUUAUUCAAUUUAUUUGGAUUGGCUUUGUGUUUGAAAGCACGCAAAUGCUCCAUGAACAAGCUUGAGGCGUUGAUUGGUUCCAAGUUGGAUCAGGCUACAAUAGAUGAUUUACUCGUUCCAUCACCACGGGGGAAGCAAUAUAUGUACGAUGUGAAUCUGAUCCUGAGGCUGCUGAAUUCAUUUUUCACAGAAAACCGGCUUUCCACAACCCGGUUGAAGAAAGUUGCCUGCUUGAUGGACUUGUACCUUGCAGAAGUGGCCCUUGAUCCCCAUCUUAAGCCUUCCAAGUUCAUAAAAUUAGCCACAGCUGUUCCGGGUUUUGCCAGAGACUCCCAGGAUGGGAUCUACCUGGCUAUUGACAUGUACUUGAAGGUUCAUCGCAGUUUAAGCAAGAAGGCAAAGAUGAAAGUCUGUCUUUUGCUGAAUCAUAACAUGCUCUUGAGGGAGGAUUUAUUAGAGCUAGCCAAGAAGUCUAAAUUUCAACCUGGUCCGGGAGAGGUAUGGUGGCCAAGCUCAAGAGCCUUGUCCAUGGCUGCAAGCAUGUUAAAGCCUUGAGCGAAUCGCCAUUUUUUAUGCUUCUUGAUGGGGAAAAGAGAAGUAAUUAAGACCAUGCAUGUUGAAAGAAAAUCAAACAUCCCCUUCAUGCAGACUGAACGAACAAAAACCCAGCAAAAAUCUAGAUAUAUAGCAAAGCCUGUAAAAGUUCUUUCCAAUGUUUCUUCCAUAUGAGUUGUACAGUUUUGAGCUACGGGUUAUUAAUGAAUUUGAAACGAAAACUACUCUAUUCAGGCACUAUUAUGAUUGCACUUAAAAUCUGUGAUAUUACAAGAAUUAUCAGUCA